UUGUUGUUUGGCCAUAACUCCUGGUUAAGAAAUUAUGGAAGAGACAUUUGUUCCAUUUCGUGGAAUUAAAAAUGAUCUUAAACGGAGAUUGGUAUGUUACAAGCAAGACUGGAUUGGUGGUCUCACCGCAGGCUUCAGGAUCUUAGCCCCUACAACAUAUAUAUUUUUUGCAUCAGCAAUUCCAGUUAUUUCAUUUGGAGAACAAUUGGAAAGAGAUACAGAUGGAGUACUCACUGCAGUGCAAACAUUAGCAUCUACUGCAUUGUGUGGAAUUAUACACUCUAUUAUAGGAGGCCAGCCUUUGUUGAUUCUUGGAGUAGCAGAACCAACUGUAAUAAUGUAUACAUUCAUGUUCAACUUCGCGAAAAAUAGACCAGAUUUGGGUUCGAAGCUCUUUCUAGCGUGGACUGGAUGGGUGUGCAUGUGGACUGCCCUCUUGUUGUUCCUACUUGCUAUCUUAGGAGCUUGCUCCAUCAUCAACAGGUUCACUCGCCUAGCAGGGGAACUAUUCGGCCUUCUUAUUGCAAUGCUCUUCAUGCAAGAGGCUAUUAAAGGACUCAUUAAUGAGUUUCAUAUACCCGAGAGGGCAAACCUAACAUCAACUGAGUUUCAAUCUUCAUGGAGAUUUGGAAAUGGCAUGUUUGCUUUGAUUCUGUCCUUUGGCCUUCUGCUAACAGCAUUGAGAAGCCGAAAAGCAAGGUCUUGGCGAUAUGGAUCAGGAUGUUUACGGGGCUUCAUAGCAGAUUAUGGUGUCCCAUUGAUGGUUCUAUUAUGGACUGCUGCUUCAUAUAUACCAGCUGGAAGUAUUCCAAAAGGAAUCCCUAGGCGCCUCUUCAGUCCAAAUCCAUGGUCCCCUGGUGCAUUUGAAAACUGGACUGUCAUAAAGGACAUGCUGAAUGUGCCAGUUCUCUAUAUUAUUGGAGCAUUUAUUCCGGCGACAAUGAUUGCUGUGCUUUAUUAUUUUGACCAUAGUGUGGCAUCUCAGCUUGCUCAGCAGAAAGAGUUCAAUUUAAGAAAACCACCUUCCUUCCAUUAUGAUUUACUUCUUUUGGGAUUCAUGGUUAUAUUAUGUGGUCUAAUUGGAAUUCCCCCAUCAAAUGGUGUCAUUCCACAAUCUCCAAUGCAUACCAAAAGUUUAGCUACACUGAAGCAUCAGUUACUUAGAAACCGGCUGGUUGCAACCGCUCGAAGUUGUAUGAGAAAGCAAGAAAGCUUGGGUCAAGUAUAUGGAAGUAUGCAAGAUGCUUACUGGCAGAUGCAAACCCCUCUAACUCACCAGGAACCUUCUUCUCGGGGAUUAAAAGAAAUGAAAGAGUCAACUAUUCAAUUGGCAUCAAGCAUGGGAAAUAUAAAUGCUCCAGUUGAUGAGUCAAUAUUUGAUGUUGAGAAGGAAAUUGAUGACUUAUUGCCUGUUGAGGUUAAAGAACAACGAGUGAGCAACUUGCUCCAAUCUUUAAUGGUAGGAGGAUGUGUAGCAGCAAUGCCUUUCCUGAAAAUGAUUCCAACUUCUGUACUCUGGGGCUAUUUUGCUUUCAUGGCCAUUGAAAACUUACCUGGCAACCAGUUCUGGGAACGGAUUUUGUUAACUAUUACUGCUCCAAGCAGAAGAUACAAAGUUCUGGAGGAGUGCCAUGCAACUUAUGUGGAAACCGUACCUUUCAAGACAAUUGCAGCGUUUACACUCUUCCAGACUGCUUACUUGCUUGUUUGUUUUGGUAUUACUUGGGUUCCAUUAGCUGGGGUUCUAUUCCCAUUGAUGAUCAUGCUUCUGGUUCCUGUAAGACAAUACAUUCUGCCCAAGUUUUUCAAAGGGGCACAUCUUCAAGAUUUAGAUGCUGCAGAAUAUGAAGAAGUACCAGCUUUACCAUUGAACCUAGCUACUGAAAGGGACUUGAGCAGUACAACUUCCUUUGCAGAUGAUGGAGAGAUUCUUGAUGGAAUAAUAACUAGAAGCCGGGGUGAGUUUAGACGUGUUUGCAGUCCAAAGGUGAUGAUGAGCUCUGCUACUACCCCAUCCAAAGAGUUCACAAGUCUUCCAUCAAGUCAUCAAAUUUGAGGAAAGAUGGUU